AUGGCUCCCGUUGCAUCUGUCUCAAACGCGGUAUCGCAAUGUCCUGUGAUGAGCGGUCGCCCAUUAAAGGGCAAUUAUCCACAGUACCAUGGAAAGCCAGAAAUACCUCAUGGAAUGGCAAAAACUUUGAAUUUGGCUAGCGGUAAAUUGCAGGAGCCGGUGUCUAUGCCUACCACCUUCCCUAUCGGGUGUAAGGAAAACAUCUGCCAUGGAAGUAUGAUGGUUAAGCAUGACGAGCCUCUCGGCGGAAUGGAGCGAACUAUGGAAGAGUUCUGGUCGGAAGCCGAAGAGUACUUGGCCGAGUACUAUAAAGAAAAUAAGCUUCCCGUAUGUGACCUACUCGCCAGAUUGAAGCAAGUGGAAACAGAUAUCCGAAAUCAAGGUUAUUACACUCACACCUACGACGAACUUUCAUUCGGAGUAAAAACAGCUUGGAGGAAUGCUCGCCGAUGUAUCAUGAGAAGCCAAUGGUCCACAAUGAACACCAUUGAUUGUCGUGAUGUCACAACUGGAGAAGAAAUGAUCGAAGCAUGCCUGCGUCAUAUUGAAAUUGCGAAUAAUGGCGGCCGAGUCAAACCUACAACCACCAUCUUUCCACAAAAGUUCCCUGGGAAAGAGAGUGCUCGCAUCUGGAAUGCUCAGCUCAUGCGAUAUGCCGGUUAUAAAAUGCCAGAUGGAUCAAUAUUAGGCGAUCCCAUGAACAUUGAGCUAACAAAUAGAGCCAUAGAACUUGGCUGGAAGCCAAAGUACGGGAGGUUCGAUGUUCUCCCAAUCAUCGUUGUUCCAGGUGGGGGUCAAGGUGAACCUGUCAUGCGGGAGAUCCCAAAGGAGAACAUUCAUGAAGUCAAAAUUACUCAUCCUACAUUGCCAUGGUUCGAAGAACUAGGGCUGAGAUGGAACUCUCACCCUGCGGUCAGUAAUUUGACUUUGAGCAUCGGAGGGAUCGAUUAUACGUGUUGUGCUUUCAGCGGCUGGUUCUUGUGUAACGAAGUCGCUACACGCGAUUUGGCUGAUGAGCAGAGAUACAACGUACUUCCUGCCAUUGGCCGGGGACUUGGACUGCCGCUUUCAAACAGGAGUUUAUGGAAGGAUCGCGCUGUCUUGGAACUGAACCAAGCAGUUUUGCACUCCUAUGAUCUCGCCAAGGUUACUAUGGUGGACCAUCACAGUGCCUCGGACAGCUUUGUGAGAUACUACGAGAAAGAAAUGAAGAUUCGAGGGCAUUGCCCAGGUGACUGGGUUUGGAUUGUCCCCCCAACCGGGGGGUCUACCACAAAAGUGUACCACCAGGAAAUGUACAACUACCUAAUUAAGCCUGCGGUCUUGCUGCCCAUCGAGGAAGGGUGGACUACCUAUUUCCGUCGUAUCGGCAGGACUCUGCCGUCCGAUGAUAAUAGUACAGCUCAAGAUGACGCAGAAGACCCGAACCUGAUCACGAUCGCCUAUGGAACCGAAACAGGCUCUUCACUCAAUUUUGCCAAACGGCUCCAGGAACACCUUCAAUCCCGUUCCCUCGAAGUCGUAGAAUCCCUAGUCGAGCUCAACGACUUGGAUCUCACCAAGCUCAGCGGCACUCUUGUAGUAGUGACUUCAUCGUUUGGUGAUGGCGAAGCUCCGAGUGACGCAGAUCUGUUUUCCGAGCACAUUGACGAUCUUGGGUCAUCUCCACGCCCGCUCGAACGAGUUGGUGCUAACCCUGUUCGCUUCGCGGUCUUUGGGUUGGGUAACUCCAUAUGGACCAAGACUUACCAGCAGUUUCCGCGCUGGGUAGAUCAAACUCUCGAGCGCUUGGGCGGAAAUCGGAUCCUACCAUUGGGCGAAGGAGACGAGACUGCUGGCACGACCGAAACCGCGUUCGCAGAAUUUACUCGUGCACUCUCGAUCGCGAUCGAAGUAGGAACCGAGACGCAUAAUUCCAAGGCCAAUCCCUCGCUCGAAGAGGAAAGUGCGCUUUCCAAACCUCUGGGCUCAAGUAUGGGAUCCAUGCAAGAGAAGUUUGUUGACACGAGCCUGGUCGGGCGCCGUGCCCUCUUUGAGGAUGACGCAAAGGGUUCAGAGCACCGCGCGGUAUAUCAUCUGGAACUUGCUCGGAAGGACGGCCAACCAUGGACCUACGACGAGGGCGAUUACUUGUCGAUUCUACCAGUUACUGCGAAUAUUGAAGCACUUGAAGUCUACUAUAAGCUUCAUUUAGAGUACGAUACUGUUGUAGACGGGAAAAACGUCCGGGAUUUGCUCCGAAAUUAUAUUGACCUUCAUGCUCCUCCCACUAGAGAGCUGCUUUCUCUGGUUCCCGACUCUCAAUCUACUACCACUGCCCUUGAUGCCAUUCGACUGGUCAAAUUUAUCCCUACGAUCGAACAAGCAUCCCAAAUCCUCCGCGCACUCCCCAUCAAGCGCCCUCGCGUUUUCAGUAUCGCUGGUUCAACCACUCGCGGAUCCGCCACCAUCUCACUUACAGUGGCCGAGCUCUACAAGGGCCGCGUUUCCGGUUCCCUCAUCCACACACCCGUAGCCAGCUUCCACUCGGUCACAUUCAAAACAUGUGUCCAGCGAUCCAAGUUCCACCCACCCUCCGAUCCCUCGGUACCGCUUAUCCUCGUCGCGACCGGGACGGGCGUGGCGCCCUUUCGCGGGUUUGUCCAGCGCCGAGCGGCCUCGCACGAACACCCCGGCAAAAUCCUCGCGUUCUUCGGGUUUCGUGGGCAGCACGAACAUUUGUACACCGACGAGCUCAACUCGGCAAAUCUUCCUCCGUUUAUGCGCGUGCUUACUGCCUAUUCGCGUGAACCUGGUCAGAGUCGGGCUUAUGUCCAAGAUUUGAUGGUGCACUACAUGGCGGACGUGAUCGGUAUGCUUGAUUCGGGCGCAGCGAUCUAUGUAUGCGGUAGCCACGAAAUGGGCCACGGGGUCCACGAUACGCUUAUCAAGAUCAUGAAGGAAGGAAAGGGACUUGGCGACGAGGAGACUCGUGCAUACCUCACUAGACUGAAGCGAGAGGGCCGAUUGUUGGCGGAUACUUAUACCAAGGGCAAGACUGAUACCGAUCCAGUCCUACCCCAAGGCGAGCAAUAA